AUGGCCACCAGCAGCUCCGCAUUCGAUGAUGAAUUCCCAAUGGAGGAAGGAAUGCCGGAACUUCUCGACGAUGAAGACGUGCCGAGCACACUUCCAUCUCUCGUCGAACAGAACGUUGACACCGCUCCAAAAGGAGCCGAUGAAUUCAAAUUGGUAAAACGCAAGAGAAAGGCUGGAAAUGCGGUCGACGUUGUCAUGGAAGACGUUUCUCAACCAGAUGACUCCUCGACUCCAGCAGAAACGACAGAAGGCGAACCAAAAUCGGCGAAACGUUCGAAAGGAGCGAAGGGAGAGUUCCGUGUCGUCGCAGUACCGAAACAUCGCUAUACACCUCUCAAGGAUAACUGGGUCAACAUUUUCACACCGAUCGUCAAAAAUUUGGGACUACAAAUUCGUUUUAAUCUGAAGAAGAGACAAGUCGAGUUGAGGAAUCCAGCUGAUCGAGAGGAGACGACAGACUUGCAGAAGGCUACCGACUUCGUUCGUGCCUUCAUUCUUGGAUUUGAAGUCAAUGACGCCAUCGCUCUCAUUCGACUCGAUCAUUUGUUCCUGGAGACUUUCGAGAUCGCCGAUGUGAAACACUCGCUGAAAGGUGAUCAUGUGAGCCGCGCGAUUGGACGUAUUGCUGGAAAGGAUGGACGUACCAAGUUGGUCAUUGAGAAUACUACGAAGACUAGAAUUGUCGUCGCCAACACGAAAAUUCACAUUCUCGGCGCCUAUCAGAAUCUGAAGCUCGCCAGAAACGCCGUUUGCAGUCUUAUUCUUGGUAAGUUGGACUACAAGGAUCUGGUGGCCUAG